GUCCAUGUUGGGAACGAUGAGUUCAUUCACCUGCGGGUGUUCAGAAGCCUCCCUCACGAGAAGAAGCCACUGAGUCUCCACAGUUACCAGAGCAGCAAGGCUAAGCACGAUGAACUGACCUUUUUCUAG